AUGAUCUCGAAAUCUAAAGUGAAGGUAGAUUAUGAUAUCAUCAAGGAACUUGGGGAAGGCACAUUUGGUUGUGUUACUCUUGCACAAUAUAAGCAUCCUCUUGAAUCUCUCAUACAGCCAAACAAAAACUACAUCUCUACGUUAUUGCGCCCAUUGCCAACUACAUUUCUCAGCAACCAGCAUGCAAUGGUAGCUAUAAAGACCAUGAAGGUUAAAGAUAUCAUUUUCGAUCGCCUCCGUGAAGUAAAGUUCAUCAGACAUGUUGGUGCUCAUCCAAAUUUGGUACAAAUUUACAAUAUCGUCGAGGAUGCAGAUACAGGGCACUUGAACAUUAUGAUGGAACCAGCUGAGUUUAAUUUGCAUCAAUACCUUAAGGGACGCAACGGGAAGUACUUGAGUACCAUGGGAAUCAAGCUGUUGUCGUCUCAAUUGCUCUGCGCAAUUGGUCACAUCCAUGAAUAUGGAUUCAUGCAUCGAGAUGUCAAACCUGAAAAUAUUUUGUUGAUUCCCAUAUCAAAUUACUAUGGCGGCCGAGAGUUCGUCCCAUCAUACCGUCGACUGUGUGAUGCGUUCAUCUUGAAGCUCGCUGACUACGGUUUAGCCAGACUGAUGCAUUCCGCCGCAAAGUUCAGUCGAUAUGUCCUGACAAGGUGGUACAGAGCACCUGAACUUUUUCUAAGACUGUCGAGUCAUAAUCAAGCAGUGGACAUUUGGGCUUUUGGAUGUGUCUGUGCUGAGAUCGCCAAUGUUUUUCCUAUAUUUCCAGGCAGGUCUGAAUUAGAAAUGUUUUCAUAUGUGUCUGUUAAAAUUGGUGCGCCCGCAGGUCCAAAUUACGGACCAGGAGGCAAGUGGGACAUCGCUAGAACUCUUCUUAGUGGACGCGGUUGGAAUGUCAAGCUGAAGAAUCUGCCUUACCUGUCGAUGUCAGAGUUGGUGCACCACCCACGGCCGGAAGUCCGUGACCAAUUAGGGGAAUUGCUAGAAUGUUGCCUCCAAUGGGAUCCCAAAAAAAGGGAUUCAGCGGAGAUGUUAACCAGACUUUCGCUCUUCGAGUGGACUCUGGCCAAGAUGCCUGUCAAGAAGAUGUUAAAGGCUGAUACUAGAGCGUCGAUCCGAUUUGAGCACGCAAAGUCACAGAUCGCAAACGGCCCCUUAACGGAUAUAAGUUCGUCAUCCGUCAACCAACACUCUGGGGUGAUUAAGUCGAAACUUGAUACUACUAAAACAUCAGUGAGCUGA